AUGAAAAUCUUAUGCAGCCACCACCACCAAGAAGUUAGCGACACAGUCCUUGACUUAGAACAUGAACUUCAAGAAGAUUUUGAUCCAUCAGAAAUUGAGGACUCAGACGGAUCCGAUGCAGAUGAAGACGAAUGGAAAAAAGUAGCCUGGUCACAGAAUCCCGUAGUUUCUCUUUUUGAUUCUAUUCAAUUACAACCAGUUCGGAACAUAGCCAAUAGGACAAGGCCACUCGUAUUUUUUGAAAUGUUUUUUGACUCUGAAGCUAUCGAUAUGAUUAUAACCCAAACUAACCUCUACGCAUCACAAUGCAAUGACCAAAAUUGUGAACAGGUGUCAGCAACAGAGAUCAAAGCUUUACUGGGCAUGAUAAUUCAAAUGGGCAUUCACAAAUUACCCUGUAUAGAAGAUUAUUGGUCCAGUGAUCCAUUACUGCAUGUUGUUCAAAUUGCUGAGACAAUGACAUUGAAGCGAUUUCAAAAACUUAUGAAAUAUUUACAUCUCAAUGACAAUGCCAAUAUGCCUAACAGGAACGAUGAUAACUACGACAAACUGUAUAAAAUAAGGCCGCUGCUAGAUUACAUCAACGUAAAAUGUCAGACAAAUGCCAAAAACACACAUUCUCAGUCAAUCGACGAGUGUAUGAUAAAGUUCAAGGUGCGAUCUACUCUAAAGCAAUACAUGUCCAUGAAGCCUAUAAAACGGGGCUUCAAGGUUUGGGCUAGAGCUGACAGCCACUCAGGAUACUUGUAUCAGUUUCAAGUGUAUGCUGGAAAGACCGAAAACGUCGAAACAGGAUUAGGCAGUAAUGUUGUCAUGACAUUAUGCCAGUCACUCAUAAAUGAAACCUAUAUGGGUCAUAUAGCAUUUGAUAACUUUUCUAGUCCAGCUUUACUACAAACGUUAUACAAUAAUUGUAUAUAUGCAACUGCUACAGUCAAAAAUGACCGCCAAGAUAUGCCACUAAUUAUAAAAAAGCAUAAAGCGACUGGUAAUAAAGAAAUUGAUGAAAAGAUAGCAAAGGCUGUAAAAAAUGCAAACCAAAAAACAAAAAAGCUGAAAAGAGGAGAAUGGAAAUGGAGGGUAAAAAAUAAUGUUGGGUUUAUUAUCUGGAAAGAUAACAAAUUAGUAAGCAUUUUGAGCACUGCAUUUCAUCCAAAGCAGAAAACAUCUUGUGAAAGAACUCAAAAUGAUGGAUCUAAAAAAUCAUUCCCUUGUCCGCUGACAAUUAUAGAAUAUACAAAGCGUAUGGGAGGAGUGGACCGGUUUGACCAAAAGAGAACCCCGUACGCAGUCGGAAGAAAAAGCUCGAAGUGGUGGAAACGCAUCUUCUAUUUUCUUAUUGAUGCUGCAAUAACAAACGCGUAUAUAUUGUAUGCUUCUAACAUACGUAACCACACGGUAUUGUCUCAAAAGGAAUUUAGGCUGACAUUGUCUCGAGAAUUAGUAGCAAACGCAACAUUCCGAAAAAGACCCUUUGCCACCAUGCCAAAGUUCGCGUCCAAAAAAAGUAAGUCUGUACAAUCCGAAGAAAGUGAAUCAAGGCAAAAGAAACUAUUUGGCGUGCCUCGAGAAAUUCGUUUUUCUGAGCUGGGAGCUCAUUGGCCUGUAGAAUUAUCCACCUAUAGAAGGUGUCGUUUGUGUAGUAGUGCACACAAUAAUCAACGAUCCAGGAUACAAUGUGAUAGGUGUCAAGUGCCAUUGUGUGCAGUGCCUUGCCUCAAAACAAAAUCUACGAAUAUAUUCGUAGUCGGCACCAUGGUGAAAUCCCGCACCACGAGUUAUCUCGUAGCUGGCACGCAAAGGGUUAAUAAUAUAAAAAUACGGUAG